AUGAGUUCGCCUUUUGAGAAACUAACAAGCAGACAAAAACAAAGGCUUAAGAAGCGUUUCCUGAAAUCUGAUGAACUUGUUGAAAAUAGGACGCCUGAAAAAUCAUCUGACAGUGUGUCUGCGACUCAAAGUGGAUUUUUUGAAAAUGACGGUGACGAACUUAUGGUUGAUGAUUUUGGACGUCUAUCGGAUUUGGAAGAAGACAUUGAGACAAAUACGGAUUCUGUAGAACCUGUAAAUGAAAAAGAGGAUAUGAUCACAAACCUCACUUCCGAAGAUGCGGUUGGAAAGUCUGCAAUGGAUUCCAGUACAUUAGACCAACGCAUUCGGAACUGGUUUUAUAUCCUCUCCGAUUUCAAAAACAGAGCACCUGCAGACCUCAAUAGGAGUUUGUGUGUUCGGACUCUGAUAAGCGACUUAUGUUCUCGCUAUUCGUACAACCAGUUCCUUAUGGUUAAACUUCUUGAUUUGUUUCCCAAAGAGAUUGUUGAGGUUUUAGAAGCUAAUGAAGUCGACAGGCCAGUGACCAUUCGCACAAACACCUUAAAGACACGUCGCAGGGAAUUGGCUCAAGCUUUAAUAAAUCGUGGCGUAAACCUUGAUCCUUUGGAACCGUGGAGCAAAGUUGGACUUGUUGUUUAUUCAUCACAAGUACCAUUAGGCGCAACACCAGAAUAUCUUGCCGGUCAUUAUAUACUUCAGGGAGCUAGUUCUAUGCUACCUGUAAUUGCCUUGUCCCCUCAGUUAGGCGAGCGUAUCUUGGAUUUGUGUGCUGCGCCUGGUGGGAAAACAACUUACAUUGCACAACUCAUGAAAAAUACUGGCACCAUUUUUGCAAAUGAAAUAAACCCCAAUAGAGCCAAAGCGUUGCUUGGAAAUUGUCAUCGUAUGGGUGUGACAAAUACUGUCAUCUGUACAGAAAAUGGGCGGAAAUUUCCAAAUAUUAUGUCUAACUUCGAUCGAGUCCUCGUAGACGCACCGUGUUCUGGAACUGGUAUAAUUGCCAAAGAUCCUUCUGUGAAAACCACCAAGAAUAAUGACGAAAUUCGGAAGUGUGUAGAAUUGCAGAAAAGAUUACUUGUAGCUGCUAUUGAUUCCUGCAAAGUUGGAGGUUACGUAGUCUACUCCACAUGCUCCAUAUUGGUAGAAGAGAAUGAGAAUGUUGUAAACUUUGCGUUAAGACGAAGAAAGGUACGUCUGGAGGAAACGAAACUGUUUGGGGAGAAGGGUUUCACUGCAUUCAAAGGCUAUCAGUUCCAUCCACAUAUGGCACGCGUUCGACGUUUUUACCCACACAAGCACAAUGUCGAUGGAUUUUUCGUGGCGAAAAUGAAGAAAUUAGCGGCGGCUACUAAGGAGAAAAGUUUCUUAAGACUAGACAUAUCUAGAUGA